AUGAAAGUAUAACAAAAUGUGACCAAAACAUGACGUUUUGAAAGUCUAUUGAAUUGUAUUUUGAUUUGGUUUUGAAAAUUGAUUUAAUUAACAAAUUUUGCUAAUAUUUACCAACAAUUUAUAGUUUAUCUGAUACUACGGUUGUGAUGACCAAACAUUUGAUGGUCUAAUAAAGUGAUUGAUUGUUAUUAAGUAACAAAUAGAUGGCCAAAAUCGGCAAACCUCUUGAGUAUACCGUACACGACGUGUCCGGCUAUUCACCGAAAUAUCCGCCGAAUGGUAUACUUGUGGACAAUCCAAACGAUCCUAACUCUCGCUGGUCUUCAGAAUCUUAUUGCGCGCCACAGUACAUCACAUUGAAAUUGGUCCGGACAUCGAUUGUCACUGAAAUACAUUUUGGUAAAUACAAGACAAAACACGUCUGUAAUGUUAAACGAUUUAAAGUGUUCGGCGGAAUGACUGAAGAGUCAAUGAUUGAAAUACUGGAUGAAGUGCUUACCAAUGAUGAAAAUCCAGAAACAUUUCAAUUAAAACAUCAAAUUAUGUCAAAUGAGUUUCCCUGUCGUUAUGUGAAGAUAUUAAUGAUGCAAACGUGGGGAAGGAUUUACAACUUCAGCCUUUGGUUUGUAGAGCUUAAAGGUUAUGACGAUUGCAUUCUAGUCAAAGACUCUCUUAAUUGGUUGAAUGAGUUUCGACAACGAGAAGCCAUACGUUUAUGUCUCAAACAUUUGCGACAAAAGAAUUGUUCGGAAGCUUUUGAGUCUUUACAGAAGAGAACUAAAAUUCAAUUAGAAGACCAACUAUUGACACGACUUCACAAACUUUUAGUAAUCGAAGGAGACUUUGAUUCUUCUGAGAAGAUGUUACAGGAAGUGGUUGAUAGUCGUCUAUUUGAUCCAUUUAUACGUAAACAAGAGUACCGACCCAUUUGGAAAAGAUUGUUACCAAAGACAAAAAAUAUACAGCCGGGGAUGAGAGGCGGACACCAAAUGUGUAUUGAUUGUUGUUCACAAAUUAUUUACUUAUUUGGAGGAUGGGAUGGCACUCAAGAUUUAGCAGACUUAUGGUCAUAUGAUAUUGGAGCCAAAGAAUGGUGUUGUAUAUCAAGAAAUACUUGUCUAGAAGGCGGUCCUUCUGCUAGAUCUUGUCAUAAGAUGUGUUUGGAUCCAAUCAGGAAAAAAAUUUAUACAUUGGGCCGAUAUCCAGAUGUCACAUCUGUUGAUAAUUUAAAGAGUGAUUUUUAUAUCUAUGACAUUCAAAUGAAUAAGUGGUCGCUUAUCACGGAUGAUACGACAUGUAUUGGUGGUCCACCUCUUGUAUUUGAUCACCAAAUGUCAAUGGAUUUGGAAAAGAAUAUUAUCUAUGUGUUUGGCGGCCGAAUCUUUACGUGUUCGUUAGCGAAUCGUUUUGUCAAUUGUGUGGAUCAACCAUUAUUUAGUGGUCUUUAUAUUUAUAAUGUUAAUAAAAAUCAAUGGAAUAAACUUCGAGACGAUUGCUUAACAACUGGCGAAACAUCUGAUAUUCAAUUGGGAAUAAAGUCACGAAUUGGUCACUCAAUGCUUUUUCAUCAAAAAUUGAGAUUAUUAUAUAUCUUUGGUGGUCAGAGACAUAAAGAAUAUUUGAAUGAUUUUUUUACAUAUAAUGUGGACACCAAUGAAAUUACAGUCAUCAACGAUGGCCAUACAUCUGAAUUACCCGCUUCGGGAUAUUUUCAAAGGGCCACUAUUGAUGAGGAUAGCUAUGAAAUACAUGUUUUAGCGGGACUAAAUAUCGAUAAAGACAGAGAAAAGAGUAGAGAUAAAGAUAAGGAUAAAGAAAAAGAAAGUGAAUCUUCGGAGGAGACAAUUAAGAACUCAUUUUGGAUCUAUGAUAUACUCGACAAUCGUUGGUCUUGUAUUUAUAGAAAUGAUAAUAGUUUGGACACUAAUUGUACGAAUAGUAGAAAUAAUAGCAACUGUAGUGAAUGUGAUCUGACUUUAACAAACAUAACCAAUGAUGAGAGUCAUGAAAUGAGUCAGCCGUGUCCACGAUAUGCACAUCAAUUGGUUUACGAUCACUUCAAUAAAUGUCAUUAUUUGUUUGGAGGUAAUCCGGGUAAAAAUCAAUCGCCAAAAUUAAGAUUAGAUGAUUUCUGGAUUCUUGAGCUUAAAAGAUUGUCCACAAAAGAAUUGCUUAGAAAAUGUAAGCGAUUGGUUAGAGAGCAAACCUUCAAAGAACUAAUCCAAAGGAAUGGUUCGCUGGCCAUCAAAUAUCUUCAAAAUGAAUUGUCGUCGAUAUUCAAUCAUUCAGAUCCUGAAGAGAAACGUUUGUUUCAAUCGUUGGCUUCACAUAUAUUCAAAACAGAAAUCAAGACAAAUCUCAACGAAUACAUUGAUCCCGACGUUAAUUAUAAGAACAGAACCAAAGUGUUCGACACAAUCGUCGAAUUCUUUCCCGAAGAGAUGACACAACCAAAGGGUAAUUUAGUUGAUUUGGUAAUCAUUUAAUCUAUCAAUUAGUGAGAGAUUAUAUUUAUUUUCA